ACUCCUCCCUCUCCUCCCGGUUUUCUCACCUCCUCCCGCCCCACCCCCCCUCCUCUCUAUGCUCAGCUCGGUGUGCGUGUCGUCGUUCCGAGGGCGCAAGGCGGGCAACCAGUCGUCCAACAAGGCAUGCGGGAGCGCCGACAUGCCGUGCCCGGCGGACAGCGAGCGCAUCGUGAUCAACUGCGGCGGCGUGCGCCACGAGACCUACCGCAGCACGCUGCGCACGCUGCCCGGCACGCGCCUCGCGUGGCUCACCGAGCCCGACGCGUCCAGCAACUUCGACUACGAUGCGACGGCCGACGAGUUCUUCUUCGACCGGCACCCAGCCGUGUUCUCCUUCGUGCUCAACUACUACCGCACCGGUAAGCUGCACUGCCCGGGCGACGUGUGCGGCCCGCUCUUCGAGGAGGAGCUCGCCUUCUGGGGCAUCGACGAGACAGAUGUGGAGGCGUGCUGCUGGAUGAACUACCGGCAGCACCGCGACGCCGAGGAGGCGCUCGACAGCUUCGAGACACCCGAACCGGACCCGCCGGAUGACGACGCCGCCGCGAUCGCAGGAGGAGCGGACGGAGACCUGCGGCGACUCUGCCUGCACGAGGACGGGCGCAGAGUGGGCUGGUGGCGCGUGUGGCGACCCAAAAUCUGGGCGCUUUUCGAAGACCCUUAUUCAUCCAAAUACGCCCGGUAUGUGGCGUUCGGCUCGCUGUUCUUCAUCCUCAUCUCCAUCUCAACUUUCUGCAUGGAGACGCACGAGGCGUUCAACACCUUCCAGAACCGGACGAGUCAAGUGACAGUGGGCAACAAGACACACGAGGAGAUCACCUUCGAGCCGGUGACGGACAGCUGGCUUAUGUACGUCGAGGGCGUGUGCGUGAUCUGGUUCACCUUUGAAGUGUUUACACGUGUCAUAUUUUGCCCGGACAAGGCUGAAUUCUUCAAGAGUGCGCUGAACAUUAUUGACUUUGUGGCCGUCCUGCCGUUCUACUUAGAGGUUGGAUUGAGCGGCCUCUCAUCCCAAGCAGCCAAGGACGUGCUGGGCUUUCUGCGUGUGGUCCGAUUUGUCCGUAUCCUGAGGAUCUUCAAGCUCACGCGCCAUUUCGUUGGGCUUCGUGUGCUGGGUCAUACGCUUCGCGCUAGCACCAAUGAAUUUCUCCUGCUCAUCAUCUUCCUCGCUCUUGGAGUGCUCAUAUUCGCCACCAUGAUCUAUUACGCCGAGCGCAUCGGCGCCCGUCCUGAUGACCCCACAGGCAAUAACCACACCAAGUUCAAGAACAUCCCCAUUGGUUUCUGGUGGGCCGUGGUCACUAUGACGACACUGGGGUACGGUGAUAUGUACCCUGAGACGUGGUCAGGGAUGUUGGUCGGCGCUCUGUGUGCUCUGGCUGGUGUGCUCACCAUUGCCAUGCCUGUGCCCGUUAUCGUCAAUAACUUUGGCAUGUACUAUUCACUGGCCAUGGCCAAGCAGAAGCUGCCCAAGAAGAAGAAUAAACACAUCCCACGAGCCCCGCAGCCUGGCUCGCCCAACUACUGCAAGCCUGACGCCCUGGCUAUGGCCACUGCCUCGCCUCAGAGGAUCCUGGGUAACGUGCUGGGCGAAGUCAUGGGCUCAGGCGGCCUCACUGGAGACUGUCCUCUAGCUCAGGAGGAGAUCAUAGAAAUAAACAGAGACUCGAAGCAGAACGGUGACGCGGCGAGCGCGGCGUUAGCGAACGAGGACUGUCCCACCAUUGACCAGGUGCUGAGUCCGGAUGAGCGCAGUCCGCUGGGGCGAACACGCGAGCGCUACCAGCAGGACCGAGCCUGCUUCCUGCUCAACACGCGCGACUUCAGGCCCGCAGAAUCCAACGUCCGGAAAGGUUGUGUCAUAUCACGCGUUUUCACGGGCUACGAGAAAUCUCGCAGCUUGAACAACAUAUCGGGAAUGGCAGGGUCAUCGCUGCGUUUGACCCCGAUCACCGGCGCGCCAUAUGAUCCCUACGAGGCCCCGGGACCCCUGCGCCGCUGCCGCUCACCCAUCCCUUCCAUAUUGUAG